CCUGCGUUACUCAACGCGCUGAUCUCGCGACGCCCCAGCCUGGCUUGGCCCGUGCCCUCCACCACCAUGCCCUCUCCUCAGCACCAUCUUAUUUACCCGAAAACAAACAUCCCCCGUCCCCCGCUGCCCGUGCAUCGCGCGAACUCGCAGUUGAAGCUCACUGAAUCUUCGAAGUUGCCGGAAGUAAAGUUCCAGGAGCUGGAGAAGGAAGGGCAGAAGGUCAUUAUCGGGAGACUGAAGAUUCCAACUCCGAGUGGCCAUGCCUUCAUCCUACGACGAUAUGAUACCGGCGCAGUCAGCCUGACCACCAUGUUCCGCGCUGCGUUCCCCCUCGCCACUGACGAAGAGGAGAAGGCAGAGACGGCGUGGGUCAAGGCGAACUACGACGUGGGCACGCAGAAGGACGCUUACCGUGUUCGACUGGCAGGCACCUGGGUCGGCGUCGACGUCGCCUUGUCUGUGGCAGAGGCGUAUAGCAUUAGCCACAUAAUUCCUCUACUGGCUGCCGCAGAGCCUGAAGAGGGCAAACAGUAUCGGCGAUCCGGGAAGCCGACUACCCCCAAGCAGCAGCCUGCCCCGCCAGUCACUACAACCUUGCCCACGCCAGCUCCGUCUUUCGGCUCCCCCAACCCUACCAAACGCCGCAGGGAGGCUUCGCCUGCUCCUGUCGUAGAACUCAAACCGCCCCCUUCCCCGCCACCUUCAGCCAGCCCGGCGUUGCGCAGAUCACCUCGCAAGCCGAGUCCUGCUGUUACGACUGCAAGCCCUGCCAAGAGCUCAGUUCUGAAGUCUACUGCUGCUACGACUACGACAGUCAAGGUCGGAAAGCCACCAUCCAAGCCAGCGUCUAAGCGGCAGCAAGAGCCACUUACUCCUGCCGCUUCAGAUGAAACUGUUGGCGAGGAUGAGCUUCCUGAUAUCCAUGGGCCUGAUAUGAACGAGGACAUCGCUGAGCAGAAAGAAUUGAUUGAGAGGUUGAAGAAGGAGCGCGAUGAGGCAGAACAGGAGCGCGCCAGGGCUAUCGAGGAGGCCGACGAUUUGAAGCAAAAGGAGCUGGUGGGCAAAAAGCGCGAGCGAGAAGACAGCGAGGAGCAGCAGUACAAGUUUGAGUUCAAGGAGCCGGAGAAUAAGGAGAGGGCUAUAGCGACCAACAGGCGGGUUACGGGCUUCUACGAACGGAUGCCACCCGAAAGAAAAUCUGCUGCUUGGGGUGCAGUCGCAUUUGCUGCUGGGCUGGGAGCGAUGACCUUCUUGCCAAACCUUCUUGGAUUCUGAUUGCACUCUGAUCGGUGUGUGCUAGUGUGUUCCACCAAGUCACGAUCCGGCCGUCAAUCGUAAGGCUAUGACUCGUCGAGCCGGUUCCCUGUACUAUUCCUUCUUCCUUUCCCUUCUCUGCGACACAUUCUCGGUUGCCAAAGACGUACAUUCCUCAAGUUUACCGUAAGUUGUCUGUAGUCUUCGGCUUGUGACCGUAAUUGUUUGUCGUCAUCGUCUUCCAUACUCCCCUUGUCCUGGUUAAAUUGUUGCAUGCUUCUAGUACGGAUGUACCUAUGUAUUGUGCCUUUUUAUUUUAUUCAGUUUCUGUAGAGGCUUCUUGUAUUGGCAAUGGGACUAGCGCCAUGAAUUUAAUGAGCAAAAGCCAAGAUAGACCGCAGCAAGCUCGCGAAUCCUGCGGGUCAGUCUUUCAUUCCAUGGUCAAGGUCUACAGACUAGAACGCCUUCAGUGUACAAACCCGUCACGUACAAUGUGCCUGCCUGGCUAUCCCGUAGAGCUGUGCAGGAGUUCGGGAAGCCAUUGACACCUCCAUCGCUUUGAUAUAAAGUCUCCACAGUAUGGCUGCGCGCGGGAGGAACUUUAGCAGACGCCGGCAAGGGAGCCUGCAUGUCAAACUCUGGGGAAGGUGUGUGCAGCACCAGGUGCGCCCCGGUCUCAGGGUGCUUGUGGUACAGGCUGCGCGGCUUAACGGCGACAACCCAGCUCGGUGCGGCUGCGUCGGUCUUGUUCUUUGAGACCGCGAUGAGCGAUGGGAAGUGGGGAUGGCCCGCGACUAUCAGCGUUCCCUCGUCGUCGAACAUAAUGUUGUCGGCGGCGAAGGGCAGUGGCACUUUACUCUGCAGGCGAAGGGCGUUUGUGAGCGACUCCCGCGCGUAGAACCGGACUUCUGCCAUCGAGCUCGAGGCUACCGCUAGUUGCUGUCCGUCGUGGGAUAACGCUACACCGUUCGGGAAGGGUAUUCCUAUCGCAGAGAAAGUAUGCUGGGUUGACACUGAUCCUGGGUCGGGGCUGUCAACAGAGACAUGGGAAACCCAGCCAAGCGGCAGUCCAAAGACCGACUCGG